CUACUGUUUUCCUCCAUGUUUAAAAGAGUGGACAGACGUUUGAAAAGAAAGGCUGAAGACGAUGCCUUGGGAAUCGACGACGAGCUCAAACAGGCGCUCGGUAUCCCACAUAACGAUUCAGACGACUCUGAUUCAAGUUCGGAUUCUUCUGAGGACGAGGCCCACGCAGAGGAUGAGGAUGGAGUGGUGGAGGAUGAGGGUGAUGACACGGAAGUGAAAAUGACAAUAGCCCAAGUCCUCGAAAACCCUAUCUACAAUAGUCCAACAGACAUCGACAUGACAGCAUGUUUCGUUUGUCCAGCAAAGCGUUUCAAGGGCCCGUCGAUGAUCCAAAUCCAUCUAUGUUCUAAACACCAUACUAGAAGGUUCUCUCAAUAUAAGCAACGAUGUGCUCUAGCGAGUCCCCAAGACGAUGCUAGUGAACAUAUCCCGUCGAAGGAUGUCGAUGAGUCUUCCAAGGGACUUUCCAAUCGUGCGAAGAAAAAGAACGCAAGGCGCAUAUCUCAGGCGGAGAAAAGGAAACUGAAGCAGGCAGCUUUCCUGGUGCGAAAGACAAAACGAGAGGUCACUUCUCAGGAGGCUGACAGCCUACAAGACCAGACUACCUCCAAGUCUUCAUCGCAGAAGACUCUUCCAACAGGAAAUAUUCCUCCCAGGAAGAGGCAGCGAACAGAGAAGUUCAAGUCUCUGUCUCUUUGACGAGCUCUGUAGAUACGAUUCCUAAAACUGGCUUUGAACAUCAUAUCGAUUGUUUAUGGGAGCUCAACUAGGCUUGGACUGCUCAAACUAUAAAUGAAUUGCAUAGCACAGCAAGUCCUCGUGGGUCGAAGGUAACUGGAAUAUAAAGGAGCGCAACUAGCUGCACUACCGAACGAUGGAAAAUUGGUAUCUUACUCUGAGUAUGUAGCUUGCAUGAUUACCCGCCACAGGGAAUGACAUAAG